CAGAGUUGCCACAUCAUUUCCAUCACAGCAUAUCCCUCGGUAUUUGCUCUCAGCUUCUUUGUCCCAUUUUCCGGAUCCGCUUUCCGGUUCUCAUUUAUUCCUCUCUCGUAACGUCAAUACCAAAAAAAACCACGCCUAAUUAUUCCCCCCGGUCUCUGGAAAUUCAAGUCACGGUUUUUCUGCCAUCGGUCUGUAAUAUUGUUGUAUGGCUGUUCCACGUGAUCGCCGCCGCAGCCGGGCGUCGUCCGGCCAAGUGAUGGUGGCGGCGGUGUUGGUUGAUAUCUUCAUGGUUGUCGUCGUCCUAAAUGCCGGCGGCAUCAGCGCCGGCGGGCGAGCCACGGCGUUGGAUUGGCGGAAGGAGACGAGAAGGAGGCUUAUUGCCAAUGGAUUGGGUCUUACACCGCCUAUGGGAUGGAAUAGCUGGAACCAUUUCCAGUGUAAUAUUUCAGAGGAGAUGAUAAGGGAAACAGCGGAUGCCAUGGUUUCAUCUGGGCUUGUCGCUUUAGGGUAUCACUACAUCAACAUAGAUGAUUGUUGGGCUGAACUUAACAGGGAUUCUGAGGGAAAUUUCGUGGCUAAAAAUUCAACCUUCCCAUCCGGAAUCAAGGCGCUGGCAGAUUAUGUCCAUGCUAAAGGUCUCAAACUUGGAAUUUAUUCAGAUGCCGGUUCUCAAACUUGCAGCAACCUAAUGCCAGGAUCAUUGGGCCACGAAGAACAAGACGCCAAAACCUUUGCUUCCUGGGUACCUACGUAUAAUACACAUCUAUAUUUUUUUGUUUUUGUUUUUGCCGAUCCAUCCUUCGCUCUCCCACGGAUAAUUACAGGGAAUCGACUACUUGAAAUAUGAUAACUGCAACGACGACGGGACAAGCCCCAAACUGAGGUAUCCUGUGAUGAGCAGAGCACUGUUAGAUAGCGGGAGACCAAUCUUCUUCUCUCUAUGUGAAUGGGGCAGGGAAGACCCUGCGACUUGGGCCAGCGGGAUCGGAAAUAGUUGGAGAACAACAGGGGACAUUAGUGACAAUUGGGACAGCAUGACAUCUUGUGCAGAUCAAAAUGAUCAAUGGGCGCUUAAUGCUGGUCCAGGAGGCUGGAAUGAUCCUGACAUGCUUGAAGUUGGGAAUGGGGGAAUGACCACCGAAGAAUACCGAGCACAUUUCAGCAUAUGGGCAUUAGCCAAGGCGCCGCUCCUCAUUGGGUGCGACGUUCGGUCCAUGACCAAAGAAACGCACGAAAUUCUGAGCAACGACGAAGUGAUUGCUGUGAAUCAAGAUAAGUUAGGAGUGCAAGGGAAGAAGGUGAAGAAGGAGGGGGAUUUGGAGGUUUGGGCUGGACCACUCAGUCACAACAGAGUGGCAGUGGUGCUGUGGAAUAGAAGCUCUUCCAACGCCACGGUCACCGCGGAAUGGCCAGACCUAGGGCUCGAUCCAUCCGCCAUUGUUGAGGUCAGAGAUCUGUGGGAGCACUUGACAUACCAUCGAGUGGGAGUUGAAAUCUCUGCUGAAUUGGAGCCUCAUGCUUGUAAGAUGUAUGUCUUCACUCCAACACAUUCUGGAAAACUACUUGGGCACGAGUUGUGAAUUAAACUAGAUUGAUCUUCAACAAAAAAAAUGUUGUAUCCUAUACUUGUGUGUUAUUUCCCCCAGGUCUUGCCUUCCAAUUUUGUAUUUUGUUCCAUGCACAUUCAUCGAAAAAAUGGAUGAUAUUGGUCAAAAUUCAACGAUUGGGAAACACAAAACUCAAAAGAAGAAUGUUAUGUUAGGGGUCGU